AUGAGUCGAAAGGAUCCUGCCUGGAAGUAUGGGACAGAAAUUCCAAAUCCAACUGGAAAACCACAUAAGUAUUUUGAAUGCAAUUUUUGCAAACAACAAAUUAAAGGUGGCGUUGCAAGAAUGAAGGAUCACCUUGCUUGGACCCAUAGGAAUGUGAAAGCUUGCCCAAAAGUUCCUGAUGAAGUCAAACAGGAAAUUUUGGAUUAUGUGAAGAGGGGGACGACAGCUAAGGAAAAGCGACAGGAAAAAUUUUAUGAUAUGGUUGAUGCUGGAGCAUAUUUCCGUGGUAAUUCGAAUCCUGCAUGUGAAGUUGCCGAUGACACAAGAAGCAUAAGAGGGCCGAUGGACAAGUUUCUUGUGCAUGUGGAUGAUAACACUGAUGGGAUUCCAGAUAAGCAAGCUGCAAAUCCGCCACAGGAUAUGUCUCUCCAUGUCAAAGAAGCAAGAAAGCAGGUGGCAAUGGAUAUUGGACGAUUUUUCUUUGAAAAUGGGAUUUCGUUUAAUUGUAUCGAGUCUCCAUCAUUUGUCAGCAUGUGUAGGUCCAUCGGAUUGUAUGGAAAAGGUUUGAAGGUUCCUUCUAGACAUGAGUUGAGUACGUGGAUUUUGAAGGAAGAAGUGAAGACAACGGACGUGAUUGUUGAUGAUAUCAAAAGAUCUUGGAUACAAACAGGUGUAUCCAUAUUAUCUGAUGGAUGGAAAGACAUGAGAGGGAGAAGCUUGAUCAAUUUCCUAGUCAACAACCCCCAUGGUACUGUGUUUUUAAGGUCUAUUGAUGCUUCAGACGCCGUCAAAGAUGCCAAUUUGCUGUUUCAGCUUUUAGAUGGGAUUGUGGAGGAAAUUGGAGAGGAACUAGUGGUUCAUGUUGUGACUGAUAAUGCUAGCAACUAUAAGGCUGCCGGAAAACUAUUGAUGGAGAAGAUGAAGAGUCUUUAUUGGACACCAUGUGUUGCGCACUGUAUUGAUUUGAUGCUGGAGAAGCUAGGAGAGCUACCUCAACACAAGAAUGCAUUGAUGAAAGCAAGGAAAGUGAGCAACUUCAUCUACAAUCAUGGAUUGGUGUUGGCAAUGAUGAGAAAACACACGAACAGAGAGCUUAUUCGUCCGGCAACGACGAGAUUUGCUACUGCUUUUUUGACAUUGGAGAGUAUGAUGGAGUUGAGGCAACCUCUACAAGCUAUGUUUACAUCUACUGAUUGGGAAAGGACUACAUGGGCCAAGAAAAAUGAUGGAAAAGAGAUUAAAAAGAUAAUCUUAAGUGAUCAGCGAUUUUGGCGUGCUGUUCAAUAUGCCCUAAAUACUACAAGGCCAUUGGUGAAGGUCUUAAGAAUGGUGGACGGUGAACAAAUGCCUGCAAUGGGAUUUAUCUAUGGUGCCAUGGACACAACGAAGGAGGAAAUUGCCAAAAAUGUGGGGGGUCAGCUUGGGGAUUAUAAAGAGAUAUGGGAUAUAAUUGAUGCCAAAUGGGAGAAUCAAUUGCAUCAUGAUUUACACGCUGCGGCAUACUUUCUAAAUCCUCGUUUUCAAUAUGGUGAAAAUUUCUCCAAACAUCCUGAAAUUAAGAAGGGUUUACUGUGUUGCAUGGAGAAAUUAAUUCCACCCGCCGAUCAAUUGCAAGCUGAUCUUCAAUUGGAUAAUUUUAGAUCGUGUGAUGGGCUUUUUGGACGAUACGCAGCACUGGAAAGUUUCAAAACAAGAACCCCCGGAAAUUGGUGGACUCAAUAUGGAGAUGAGACCCUUGAGCUACAAAGUUUUGCUGUCAAAGUACUGAGUUUGACAUGUUCAGCUUCAGCGUGUGAACGUAAUUGGAGUAUGUUCAAUCAGGUUCACACGAAGAAGCGUAAUCGUUUGACUACACAGAAGCUCAACUCUUUGGUGUACAUCAUGUACAAUAGGAGGUUGAGAGGGAAACAUGUCAAAUUGACAAGUAGGGGUGGAGAUAUAGACCCAUUGGAAGUUGAUAAUUUGGCUUCAGAUGAUGAAUGGUAUGUUGGUAAUGAGGAUGAGGCAAAUGAACAUCUUCCAAUUGAGUCAGGUGCAAGUACACAAAUGAUUAAGGAAAAUGCAUCUUCAUCAAGGACAAGUAAGAAGAGAAAGAAGAGCACAAAUUCAAAAGGAAAAAAUAAGAGAGUCAUGCAUUUGAUCGAUGAGGACGAGAACGAGGAAGAGGAUGAGCCUGAAGAUGAUAAUGAUGAUUUUGAGAUAAAUCCAACAAAUUUGGAUGGGAAUGAUGAUGAAGAUGAGGAUGUUAAUGCUUGGGAUGAUUAA